CUCUGAUAUAUGCACAGCGGACAUGUUCAUUUUGUAAUAAGUACCAGCUAAUACAGAAUCAUCUACGAUCAUGUUACUGCGGCAGUGACAGGGAAACAGUAGCGAGCAGGAUGCGGGCUUUCCUAUAGACACCCCCGCCGCUUUUGUUUUUAGUUUCUCAGCCACCGGAAAGAUCCCUUUAUGUUGGGCUUCACCGAUCAUGCCUCCGUCGACUCGUCUCGAGCUUUUCUUCGGGUGGAGUGGCUCUUAAUGAUAACACAUGUAAUGCACGUCUGCCCGUCUUGGUUGAGGGUCUAUGCAGAGCAAGGUAGUGAAAUCUCUUCCUCUUCCUACUCCACGCCCUGUCAUUAUUAUCAAUAGCUGCCAGCACCAUGUCCCCUCCAGCAUCGGCAGCGACAGCGAGUGAAAGCAGUACGACCACCGUUUUCGAGGAGGACACCAGAGAGGAGCAAAAACCCCUAAAGCAAUCUCUGAGCAAAUCACUAUGCCGGGAGAGUUUUUGGAAAUGCCUGCUCCUAUCCAUUCUCAUGUAUGGCUGCAUGGGAGCCAUGGUUUGGUGUUAUGUCACCAAGGUGACCCGCCUCACCUUUGACAGUGCCUUCAAAGGGAAAUCCAUGAUGUACCAUGACAGUCCCUGCUCUGAUGGGUAUAUCUACAUCCCCCUGGCCCUACUGGGCAUGCUCUAUUUAGUCUAUCUUGUGGAGUGUUGGCACUGUCAUGUGAAGAACGAGCUGCAGCACAAAGUGGAUGUGGAGGGCAUCUAUGAGCGCAUCCAAAGGAUGCAGCAAGCCAAUCCCUGCAUCUGGUGGAAGGCCAUCAGCUAUCACUAUGUUCGCCGAACACGACAAGUCACACGCUACCGCAAUGGAGACGCUUACACUAGUACCCAGGUUUACCAUGAACGUGUCAACACCCAUGUCGCAGAAGCUGAAUUUGAUUACAGUCACUGUAAUGUCAAAGAUGUUUCAAAACAGCUGCUGGGCUUGGAGAAGUCUGCUCUCACUAAGAUGCGCUUCACCAAGUGUUUUAGUUUCGCCAAUGUAGAGUCUGAAAAUUCCUACCUUACACAACGAGCCAGGUUUUUCACGGACAAUGAGGGCCUUGAUGACUACAUGGAAGCCAGGGAGGGCAUGCACCUGAAAAACAUUGACCUGAAGGAGCAUGUCAUGGUGCUGUCGGACCCAGAGCACCACCCCUGGUAUCUGUCCCACUAUGUCUUCUGGUUUGCCUCCUUCUUCACUUUCUCCUGGCCUCUCAGAGUCUUCUCAGAGUAUCACACUGCAUAUGUCCACUAUCGUGUUGAGAAGCUGUUUGGACAUGAUUACCUCCCUGUGACCCCAUGUGAUGAGCGGCCAUAUUGGCGUCGUAUCCCUCGUGUUAACACCAUUGACAGUACGGAACUGGAAUGGCAUAUUCGGUCCAACCAGCAACUGGUGCCAAGUUACUCCGAGGCUGGCCUAAUGGACCUGGCCCAAUGCCCGUCCACCUUCAGCGGGAUACGUCAGAAUUGUGAGCGCUGCCACAGAGCCAUCAGCUGCUCAUCAGUGUUCUCCAGGAGCGCCCUCAGCAUCUGUACCGGUGCCAGCUCCCGCAUCCCCUUCAGCGGCAGCCGCUUCUCCUUGGCGCGGCGCUACGGCUCCCAGCGCAGCUGCUUCUGGAGGAGCGGCAGCUUGGAUGACCAAGAGAGUCCCAGCGAGAACACGCUCUGUCUAUCAGAGCGCCUCGCAACAGAUGAUGAGGAACCCCCAGAGUAUGAGGACGCACUUUGCUACCCAGUGCUCAUUGUCCACUGUAGCGAGAAUUGCCACAGCCACAGGUCUUUCCACAGAAAUAGCUCCUGUGUGGAGACUUCCUUAUGACUAUGCAAUCACACUGAAAAAACAGUAGCAUUUCUGUAGCAGACAAACACUUUGGACAUCAGAUACAGAGUGUCCAAGCCUUUUUUAAGAUUAUGUUUUGGGCUUUUUGUGCCUUUAAUUAUAGUAUAGCUUAAGGUGGGAAAAGGGGAGAGAGGAGCGAUAUCAUGCAGCAAAGGGACAUUCAAAGGGUUGGAUUCAAACCCCUGAGGACUGAGACUAUGUAUACGGAUCGCCUGCUCCACCAGGUGAGCAACCAGUGCGCAGUAAACAAUUCUUAAUGAGAGAUACACAGAUUCAUGCUGUAUUGUCAUACUAUCUGAAACAAAUUUCUGAAUCCUGAAUGUGUGAAUCACCAAAGCAAUAACAGUGAUUAGUGAGUGGAGAACAAAGCGAUGGUGGUGUAUGAACCUACUAGGAUACACACACACAUGGAAAGAUUAUAUCUGCUUGGCUUCCCAAGACAACCAAGCAGACAAAGACUGUUACAAUGGACAUCAUUGCCAUAGCUUUUAAGGUCUCAUAUGUGCCGUACGUAUGAAACUGAAGCUGUAGUUACCUCAUAAGACCUUUUCCGAUGCCACGGACAAGAUGGGCAGGUUUAGACAUCUCAUUUGUUCAGACCAGUCAGAUCAUUACAACAAUAACUGUGACAAUAAAUACCAUCUUAAGUGAAAAGUGAAAGGAAGAAUAUCAAUAAAAUAUGUUGCACUUAUGCAUGUCACAGAGAGAUAUCAGUCAACUUGGAAACCUCCAAUCCAAAAGAGACAAUGGAUCUCUUGGAUAAUGUAACUCACUCACGUUAUAUUAAUCUAUGAUGUUGGAAAUUUUACAUUACUGAUGUGAAGUGUUGUAAUUUUACUUUUUUCAAAACAUAUACCUACUUAUGUUAAUGACUUUGUGCAUUCCCCAGAAUGCCUUUGGACAACUGCAGGAAACAGGUAUAAACUUAUUUUCUGCUGUGCGUUUUAUGAUUUGGUGGGAUAAAGAUAGUAAAAACAGAGUGACCGUUGUUCUAAUUGAGAUAAAAUAAGACUUGUGCCCUUUACUGAAAGCAAACAUUUAUUGUGGUCGCAUUGUAUUCUGCUCUAUUGAGGCUAUUGUGGGAUGGAGAAUUUGGUAUAACUGAUGUUCUUAUUCUACAAGGGAUUUGUCCCUGUUUGACUGUUGACUGUUGGUGCUAUAUGGCAGCUCCAGAGGGAAACUCGCCUUUCUUUUGGAUGUUGAUGUUUACAGUGCAUGUUUUUUAAAACAUUUUGUCAUACAAACCUCCACUAGAGGUGUUGGAAGGAUUUGACUGUGAUGACACAUUGUCACAGUUUGGAUAUCUGCGAGGAAACAAGAAAAGUCAGAAAAGCUUUUAACAUUAUUAAGGUGUUUAAUGUGGGCAGAUAUACAGUAUGUGUGAAUAGUAACUACAUUUUUAUCAUUUUUAUUUGCUCAACCUGAAUAAUUGCAUUGUCACUGAAUUGGAAUUGCAUCAUUUGAAUGUGUAUUGUUUAACUUGAAUAAUUGCAUUGAAGAACUCAAUCUGAAAAGCAUGAUUUGAAAUUGAAUUUAUGAGUUUGAAACCAAAUUCCAAUAAGCUCGAAACUGAAUGUAAUGUUUAUUAAAUAUAUUUUGAUUGCAAUUAUUCAAUUUGAGUAAUUCAAAUUCAGUUUCUAGCGACACAUAUUUCUGCCCAUAGUUUUAGGUUGGAAUUUUGCUUUAACAUUUGACACCUGAUUUGUCUUCACUGACCCAGAAACUAGAAGAUUGUUGGAGCACUUACACUGUCUCGUCAUAUGAGCCUUCACCUUAACAAACUAAUAAUUAAUUGUUAAAUCAAAUUAUUUUUAAUACGGCCUACUGCCAGUUCAAAACAUGCCGGCAACUGUGGUACAGACAUAUACAUGUCAUCACAUAAAUCUUCUGGUCAGAACAGACGAGGACAGGUUUACAUUGAUACCACAAUACAUUUCAACAGGUCAGAUCAAUCACUACCAUUAUUACACCUUUAAAAAUAUCAUCACAAAUCUGUGCUCAUAUUUGCAUGAUUUCCUUCUGCUAAGACAAUUUGUUAGUAACCAUAAAACAUACCUGAAUGUAAACCACCAGCAUAUGAUAUAUUGUAGUAUAUGUCCAUUAUGUGUCUAUAGUAAAGGAAGAAUGCUCCAUUUUAUAUCUGUGACGGUGAUUUCACUGUUAACUGUAUAUUGAAUGUGCUCAGAUAGCGAUAGUGAGUAGAGUUUACAGGCAGAUAUGCAAGGAUGCAAAUGCACUUAUGUUUACACGUGGACAUAAUACAAACUUUAUAUACUGACUUUUUUUACAGGAACAUAUUGUAUGCAUCCUAGCAAAUGCCAUCUUGUUCUUACAUUGUUGUUACACCAGUAUUAUGCACUUGAAGUGACACUAGACAUUAUGAAUUGCAGUGAAGCUGAAUGUUGAUAUAAAUUCCCUUAAAAUAAUAAAGUAUUCAAGUUGAUAUAUGACAAAUGCUCAGAUAUAAAACAAUACACAACCACUUAAAGCUUCUUGUAAAAUGUAAAAACAUGUUCUUGUCAUUAUAAUCACAUGGGUUGUAUAAAUAACUUCAUUACCUUUUAAAUAUGUAUUCAAAUUGAUCUUAUGCUGGAAAAAUUAAAGUUGCAAUAAAUGUUUGGGGCAAACCCAUGUAUAUUAAAGAAAUGUUGCUGGCGUGGAUCCUCACAUUUUGACUGAAGAAAUGUGGACAUGUCACAGUCACUUUUCCUACAAUGACAAGUCACAAACUGAAUGUGUGUAAAUACUGUAUAUAAAUGUGGGGCAGAGCAUGUUUACUCUUCCUGUUAUA